CGGAUGCUCAGGAUAUCAUUUUCCGUCCUCUUGCUCGGCCGUGGGGGGCUUUGCAAGGGCCAAAGGGGGCUGGCGAGCUGUGGGGCCUGACUAGCGCUCGGAAGCAGCUGCAGGUUCAUUCCCCGAGAGCCCCUGGCAAGUCGGCAGCUGCUCCUUCGCCUAUGCGUGGCUCAGAAAACCAUAAUUUAUAUUAUUUGGAGCGUGGCAUCUUGCCGUCCUGGGGUCUCGUCAUUCUCAACUGGCGCGCUUGCUUUCUGUUCCAGCCUGCCCCCCACCCCGACAGCAGGUUCUUUGGGUUUUGCGCUCCAGAGAAGAGAUGGUGCGAGUCUAUUAGCAGGCGCGUGGUAGUGAUGGCGGCUUUCAGGGAGACUUUUCCUGUCACUGGAUACGAUUCCCACGACCAGCCGCGGCGGCGGGAGCGGCUUCCCACGAACGCGGUGGCCGCUGCAGAGCCCGGGCACAGGAGGGGCUGAAGGGAAGCCUCCGAGAAGCCCCCUCUCACCGACCCGGGGGUUUGCGGGGCGCGCAAUGGGCAUGCUAGACAGGCUGAGAAAGGAAUGGUUCAUCCUGGGCAUCGUGCUGGUCAUCGCGGUGGCCAAGCUGGAGCCGGCCUUUGGCGUGAAAGGGGGACCACUGAUGCCAGAAAUCUCCAUUACAUACGUAGCUGUUUCAGCUAUCUUCUUUAACAGUGGGCUCUCGCUGAAAACUGAGGAGCUGACAAGUGCUUUGAUGCAUGUGAAAUUGCAUCUUUUUGUCCAGAUCUUCACACUGGUAUUCUUCCCAACAGCAAUAUGGCUAUUUCUUCAGCUGCUAUCUAUCACACCUAUAAAUGAAUGGCUUUUAAAAGGUUUGCAGACAGUCGGCUGCAUGCCACCUCCUGUAUCUUCAGCAGUUAUAUUAACCAAAGCAGUUGGUGGGAAUGAGGCUGCUGCUAUUUUUAAUUCCGCGUUUGGAAGCUUUUUGGGUAUUGUUAUAACGCCUUUGCUCCUGCUGCUUUUUCUUGGGUCAUCCUCCUCUGUGCCUUUUUCAUCUAUAUUCUCACAGCUGUUCAUGACCGUUGUAGUUCCACUUAUAAUUGGACAGAUUGUCCGAAGAUACAUCAAGGAAUGGCUUGAGAGGAAGAAGCCUCCGUUUGGUGCUAUCAGCAGCUGUGUGCUCCUGAUGAUCAUCUAUACUACAUUCUGUGAUACUUUUUCCAAUCCAAAUAUUGACCUUGAUAAGUUUAGCCUGGUUAUCAUAGUUUUUAUAAUAUUUUCUAUCCAGUUGGGCUUCAUGCUGUUAACGUUCUUUUUUUCUACAAGGCAGAACUCUGGAUUCACAGCAGCAGACACAGUGGCCAUCAUUUUCUGCUCUACUCACAAAUCCCUAACGUUAGGAAUACCAAUGCUGAAGAUAGUCUUUGAGGGCUACGAACACCUGUCUUUAAUUUCGGUCCCUUUGCUUAUCUAUCAUCCGGCUCAGAUCCUCCUUGGUAGCGUCUUAGUACCAACAAUAAAAUCUUGGAUGAUUUCAAGACAAAAGGCACUGAAAUUAACAAAGCAGCCCAAGAUGCCAGUGAAGGUAUAACAAGAGAAGCGAUCCACUGAAUGUACAUAUGUACUAUACUGUACAAACAGAGACAACUCAGAAAACAGGCAUAUGUGAAUGUUGCUUCAAUACUUUAUUUUUAUAAAUACAUAUUAUAUAUAUAUAUAUUUAAAAUACCUAUUGAAGUGCCUUAAAUUUUUUUUUAAGCAUCUAUUCCAAAGCCACAUGGGCUGGUUUCUAGAAGAGGUUGCACACGUUUUUGAAAUCCUUUAAUAUUUUUUUAGAAAUUCUUUGGCGAACAAGACUUUUAGAGCUUCUGUCAUUGCACAUUCUCAGAGACAGCCGGUGUCAUGAGCCACCAAAAAAAGCCCUCUCUCAAAAUGCGUGAAGACUGAAAGGGAGCCAGAUUCAGUGCACCCUGCUGAACUGUUCACACGUUAGCAUAUUAAACCAGGACAUAACAAACCAGGGACAGCUCGCUUCUGGCUACGGCAGGAAAGCACUUUCGGAGGUUCUCGUUGAGAGUAACUUGAAUUUCUGUGUGAUUCCAUAACCCUCCCUGUUCAUGUGAUUGUGACAUGCCUUUUUCUUCUGUGUACACUCAGCAUGGGGCCAUCCAUUGGAAGAGAAACUGAAAAGCAUAAAUUAUUUGCAUUUGUUGACACAGAUGUCUAGACAUUCCUUCAAAGUUAAUGGUUUCUCACGACAAUUCUCUCCAUUCCAUUUUUAUAUUAUGGCAUUGUAUAUCUUAAAUGCAUCAUGAGCUUCUUCAAAGAGACGGCCUGGAGCUCAGGUGAACAGGGAAAGAUCUGUGAUCUGCAGCUAGAGAGCUAUUUUUUUUCCUCCCAUUAUUGUUGUUAACCCAAACUGAGCAAAAAAAAAAGAAGUGUGUUUCCUUUUUCUUGCCCAAGUUCAGUCCAUGCCUCCCCAUAGUGGCAAAAUGCGAGCUACAAAUACUACGGUUGCCGUUUCUCCACAGUUUAUAGAGUUGCCGGUUUUGUUGGAACUUGGGUAUCACACAGAACCUUUUGAGGGUGGGAAAUUGAGGGCUGUGUGUCAGGUGGCAAAUAUAUGGAUGUACUGGUGAUAAAGGGAGGAUAUGUCUAAUCUGACAAUCAGUUGUAUCUUGAAUUUUCAAAAGUGGAAUUUUCUUUACAUUUUUAGAGAAGGAAGGAAUAUUGGUGUAUUUAUGAAUAUGAAGGGGGGAAGGGUAAGCACUGCACCUUAUUCAAGACAGGUGUCAUUAGGCUUGGCAGCGAUCCUAGCAGGGAACACAUCACGUGUGGCCUCCUAAGCUCACUAGUCCUGCAUCUUCACCCAGUAAUUCACAGCUCCUCUACUUAUGAGGAUCUUCACAGCCUCCUCAAUUGAAGUAAGUGUGCUCAGAGCCAGGGGUGCACAUUGGAAUAGCAAAUGCAAUUUUUGGGAUAGGAUUGAUUGUGACCAUGUUCCUCUGCACGUUAAUAAAAAGAUAGAACAUCAAGUUCUUAGGGAAUGGCAUAAAACUUCAGUUUGACUGUUAACUGCAUAUCCAAACUAUUGUGAAAUGCAUUCCCUGAGUCUAAUCAUGCUAUAUUGGGAUCAGUGGUCCUGCCCAAAUAAUUCUGUUUGGUGCCAAGCUGAGAUGCCUUGGGCUGACAGUGAUCUGUAUCGAGUAAUUGCCUUGUCACUGAGGCUCUAGUAUCUUUAUUAAUGGAUCGUAGGAAGCAAUACAGCAAUGUGCUCAGCACCCAUUUAAUAAAGGUUAAGGUCAAUGAAGUUUAGCAGACCAGCCUAAAGAUUGCUGCAUUCCACUGAUUGGGUGGUCUGAAUUUUUACGUAGCGAUUAAUCCUUUUGUAAAAAUGGUGCACCACACUGAUCUUUCUAACAAGUAGAGGAACACCUAAAACCAAUCACAAGCUGGGUUCUCAAUUAAGUGGCCCAAACAUGUUUUACAAAAACUCACCUCAUUUAAUACCUGAUUGCUGCUCUUGACUUGGUUAAAUAAGGGCAUGCAAUAUUGUUGCUGUUGUUGUUUUCCCACAAAUCUUUUUUCUGAGUCUCUAACAUACAUGUCCCCUAAUCUAUAAUCCUUCCACUCAUGACCUGAGUCCUUCUGUUCAUAAACAUCUCACUAUAUAUUGAGAAUUUUGUGUGCAAAGGAAAUAAGUAAAUAGGUGUCACACAAGAGUGGAAGCUUUGCUCUUGUGUAAAUUCGGUUCAACUUGAUAUUUCUGGCAGUGAAACAUUCCUGGCAGGUCAUUCCCAUUAGCUCUGUCCAGUCAUUUGAGUCAGGUCUGCUCUCAGUCAGUCAUGACACUGCUAAUAUUCCAACACAUCUACCUCGAAGUACAACACCAUCAUCAAUAAACUGUCAUCAUGGUGAUUUCGUUGAUAUGUUACUCUGUUCAUUCUAUGGAGCAGCAGUUUUGUGUAGGCCCUUUCUGGCCAUAGCUGUUGAUGGCUUGGGACAGCCUAAAUGGUGUUAUGUUUCUUCCUGUUUUUACAUAAGUGACUGUUGGGUGGGUUGUUCUGAAGGGGACAUAAAGCAAAACUGAAGUACAUCUCUUAAAUCCAUACUUAGUAGAACUUAAUUAUUCAUAUCCAAAAUGUUGCAUUAUGUUAAAGGACUGUUACGAUGUUCAUUUCAUGCCUUCAGUUAUGCCUACACGUCCUUACAAAAGAAAGUCAUUGGGUAGUAGUUUGUUAAUGUAGAAUCGGGAAAUGGACCAAUGGAUGGGUUUGCAGUUUAUUUUUGUAACUUGGCUUUGUUUUUUUUCUGAGUAAAUUUUUAUGUUCGUUUCUUUUAAAAAUGCAAACUUAAAAAUAAAAUGGUUAAAUUGAA